UGAGGACGUGGCCACGUGAUUAAGCAUUCUCCUUUUUGACCAAUGAGAGACAGAAGAAGGCGGGCUAGUGACACUGACAGCCAAUGCCCUUUCCGUUUGUAAUACGUUGCUUAGAAUUAGUCGCAUCCGGGUGAAUAGUCUGGGGUUCGCGGAGGUUUUAUUUUGAAGUUCUUGACUUUGGGUCUUCGAGAUGUACGGAUCAUUUCGGCUGAUACUGCAGGUGCUGUGGGCCCAGCUGCUAUGUGGGUGGGUGCUGAGCUCAGAGCUAACUUUUGAGCUACCGGACAACGCCAAGCAGUGUUUCUACGAAGACAUCAUACUUGGCACCAAGUGUACACUUGAGUUUCAGGUGGUGACUGGUGGUCAUUAUGAUGUGGACUGUCGUUUGGAAGAUCCAGAUGGAACUACACUCUACAAGGAGAUGAAGAAGCAAUAUGACAGCUUCACAUUCACGGCAGCAAAGAAUGGUACCUACAAGUUCUGCUUCAGCAAUGAAUUUUCCACCUUCACACACAAGACGGUUUACUUCGACUUCCAAGUUGGUGAUGACCCUCCACUCUUCCCUAAUGAGAACAGAGUCACUGCUCUUACUCAGAUGGAAUCCGCCUGUGUGUCCAUCCAUGAGGCCCUGAAAAUGGUCAUUGACUACCAGACACAUUUUCGCCUCCGUGAGGCACAAGGACGCAGUCGGGCAGAGGACCUCAACACCCGUGUUGCAUUCUGGUCUAUUGGAGAAGCCAUCAUCCUUCUGGUGGUUAGCAUCAGCCAGGUGGUCCUGCUCAGAAGCUUCUUUUCUGACAAGAAAACUACUACAACGCGCGUUGGAUCUUAACAGUCUCUGAGCUCUGAUCUGAAUUAUUACUUAAUCUAAACAUAAGCUUGUGUGCAUAAAGUUGGUUGGAACAGCAGCGCUGACUUGAAAUUGGAUCGUAUUAAAUUGCCAGGUCGUACAAUCUGACAUGUCCCAUGCACUCAGCACUGCCAUUCUUCUAAACUUUAUGCAAAUGAGAGUUUAGCGGAAGGGUUUUAUGUGUUUAAAAUUUGUUUGACGGAUAAAAAGACACAAAGAAAGUCUUUGUUGUUUUGAUUGUAACUAUAUGUUUUUGGAAACAGUUCUAGCAGCUGGUCAUGUAAAGUAGUAAAAAGCAAAACUCAAAGGAUAAGGCUGGUCAUUUUCUGUGUUACUAUAAUCAAAAACCCACUACAGAUUUUUUUAGAUUUCUGCUGUUGUUCAAAACCAAAAUAUCAAUGCGAAACAUGGAGAUAAUCCAGUGACAGUUCAACAUGGUUCUUUACUACACAAAACCUAAUCGUAGUGGUUUUUAAUGGAGCUGCAAUGGACAUCACCUUUUUUGGCUUCUGACUUCUGUAACAUUUAUGGUCAUUCCUUUACUUUAGAUCUCCUCAGGUAAUGGAACAUGUUAAAUAAUUAACACAUAUAGAUAAUGGCUGGCUUUAUAAUUAGUAAGAAUGUUUUCAGACUGUGUUAUUUUAUUUGUGUCCUAUCAGUCCACCAUCUAAUAUUAUUAUGUCUCUUUGAGCUGUUUAGUUUUUCUGACCAGCCUAUGCACUGAAAUAUCCAUUGGACUGAAAGCUGUAACUAAGUGUACAAAUAUUCAUUCAAAUAAUACCGUCUCUAAAAAGUCUCUAAAGCUGUAUGUGGCAGAGAAACAAAACCUUAUUCAGAAGGCUUAUGUUUGGUUAUAGACAAAAAUAUGUUGAAUUUAUCUUUUUUACUAUUAAACACCACUGCAUUUAGUGAAACUUACACACUGGUUGCUUUGAUUAACCUUGUCAUUUUAGACAAGUUAUUAGAUAGUUGUACAGAAUAAACUGUACUGUAACAGUAGUUUGACAAGGCUUAAAUUUAGAGAUGCACACGAUCUGCGUGUUCUAAUUACUUAAAUGUUCUUCAGGUUAAUAUAAUGCUUCCACCUGACUGGAUCAAGAUGAAGUAUUUGCUAAAAUUGUUAUAAUUACAGCUAGGGCCUUCCUAAUAUUUUUGUGCCUUGGUCUGGUAGAAAAACUAUGACACAUUUUGUCUGUUGAGGUUUGGUACCAACAGUUUGAAAUGCAGCAAUAUGUCACGAAAUUGUGUGAAGCUAGUUCUCUCCUUUAUUGUGUGACGUGUAGGAUCUUAUUUAUCCUGUGGGCUUAUGUUGUCCUCUUGAGUUUUAUGCAACACUUGUGAAGUUCAUGUUUUGUAAAAUAUGUCUUGAAUAUAAGGUAAUUCUACUUAAUUGUAUUUGUAGUCACUCAUUGCUGAAUUCACAUACUAAUAGUUGUUUUUUUUUUGGUCACCCGUUUCAUUUACCAACUGUAAGAAAUAAUCUUGACAAGGUUUUGAUGUAACACAAUCUUUCAGGAAGCUCAACAACUAUUUAACAACUACUCAACAACUUAGGCUGAGUUCAUCCUGGUUGUAUUAAGUUUCAUGAUGUAUUUCUCAGACACAGAUGUAGCUGAAAUAUGAGAAUAGGCAGUCAUUUUCAGUGGAUAUAUGGUAUUUUCACAGCACAAAAAGAAAGUGAAGAAGAUACAAAAACUAGAACUAGAAGUCAUUGUUGUAAUGUGAGAAUUCUUAUGUAAAUUGGUUAUUUUAGACCCAUCCCUAUUCAAGGCCGCUCAUUUAAUGCUGUUUGAACCAAUUAAACUGUAUUACUUGAUAAGAACUGAUUCCAGAGACUCUGUAUUUACAUAUUAAAGAACUAUAUAUAUAUA